CUGAGCCCGACUGAGUUAUUUGGGUCCACCAAGUUCUUUCCAGCACACAUCGAUCCCAGGCCAGACUCCAGACAAUGGCUCUGAUGUUUCAAGAGCAAAGGAGCAGCAGUUGUCAUUUAUUGUAACGGAAAGAUGGACAUGAAAGUGGAGACGUGUGAAGUUGACAUAAAUACCAUGGAGAUAAUGACUGUAAGUGUUAAGGAUGAGGAUUGUGGAAGGGGGUUUGCCCACCCUAAAAAGGGCAUGCUUGGCAUAAAGGAUGAGGAUUGUGAACUGGGGUCAGUGUGCAUCAAAGAAGAGGCAGAGGAGACGUCCGUCAGCACUGAGACGCACAAACCUAAAAGUGUGAAGUCUUUCGACGUCCGGUUGAGUUCAGAAUCAUUAGAACCUGACAGGAAGACAACUGAGGAGAUUUCAUCUACUUGGCCCGAAGAAGAUCAAGCAUCACCUGCACAUCAGUCUGAAGAAAAUUUACAAGACACUGGCACCAUCUGCUUAUCUUCAUUUCCUCUCACAUCCCUGCAGUGUAUAGCAAAACAAACGCCGCAAAAUGAAAAUAUGAAGAUAUUAAUAUCAGGAUCACAGCCUUUGACCCCAACUACUUUGCACUGGAGUUCGCUGUCUGAUUUGAAACUAACCAGGACAGAUAACACGAGCACUCAACCACAGAAGAAAAAUUCAAAUUCUUCCACUUUAAACCUUUCUCUCUGCUCUUCUAAAAAGGACAAACAGAAAUGUAAAUCAAAUGAUAAGCAGAAAAGUUCUACAGGAAUGAAGCUGUCUUGCUGUUCUGAACUUGAACAAUUUGGUGACGAUGGCAGUCCUCAGUUACACACAAAGAUUCCCACUGGUCAGAAGGCAUAUCGCUGUUACGAAUGUGGAAAAGAAUUCACCACCAGUAGCUCUCUUAAGCGGCACACAAGAAUUCACACUGGAGAGAAGCCAUAUUGCUGUUCUGAAUGUGGAAAAGAAUUCACUGCCAGUGGAACUCUUAAGCAGCACACACGAAUCCACACGGGCGAGAAACCAUUUUGUUGUUCUGAGUGUGGUAAACAAUUUGUUUACAAUAGCAGCCUGCAGUUACACACAAGAACUCACACCGGUCAGAAGGCAUAUUGCUGCUAUAAAUGUGGAAAGAAAUUCACCACCAGUGGUUCUCUUAAGCAGCACACGAGGAUUCACACCGGAGAGAAGCCGUAUUGCUGUUUUGAAUGUGGAAAAGAAUUCACCACCAGUGGGAUUCUUAAGCGGCACAUAAGAAUUCACACUGGAGAGAAGCCAUAUUGCUGCUCUGAGUGUGGAAAGGAAUUCACCACUAGUGGUACUCUUAAGCGGCACAGGAGAAUUCACACUGGACAUAAACCGUUUUGCUGUUCUGAAUGUGGCAAACACUUUGUUAACAGUAGCAAUUUUCAGUUACACAAAAGAAUUCACACCGGAAAUAAGCCGUAUUGCUGUUCCGAAUGUGGAAAACAAUUCUUACAAAUUGGCCACCUUAAGACGCACGCAAGAAUUCACACUGGACAGAAGCCAUACUGCUGCUCUGAAUGUGGAAAAGAAUUCUCACAAAUAGGCCACCUUCAGAAGCACACAUUAAUUCAUAAUGGAGAGAAACCACACUGUUGUGCCGAGUGUGGAAAACAAUUCACCACCAGCAGUACUCUCAAGCAACACACAAGAAUUCAUACAGGAGAAAAGUCCUGAUUCACAGGACUAAUGAAAAGAAACUUCCAGGCCUGUGCUGACAUCCUACCAAUUACCAUAAAACAAACAGAAAAAAAAUUAAUUUGGGAACAAAACUGAUGCUACAUUGAGCCUCCUCUUUGAAUUUAAGGGGACAGCAGUGUAACAGAACUGCUGCAACUAAGGAGAGUGGUUCCAUUCUGUUCUGGUAGUAAGCACACCUAGACAUUUUGGAUGACUUAAUCCCAUGAGAAUGUGGCAAAUUAUUUAUUUACAGUGGUGACCCUCAGAAACUCACACAAAUUCAAACUACUAAGAAGAUCUCCUGCUCCAGUCUGUGCAGCUGACCUCCUGGGGGCCUAGCAGAGGGAACCUGAGACUAAAGGACAAACGCCUAACGAGAGACAUAAAGCAGCUUGAUUAUUCCAUUGGAAAAUAUGGAGAACAUACCAGUUGCCACACCAUAGAUGCAUUAUGAACCACACUCCAGACCGAAUCGUGGAAAAUUAGAAUAUGCCGAUUAGUUUGGACCAAUUCUAAUGUACAAAAAACCUGAUGUUUGGAAACUAGACAUCAAUAUAAAAGAAAACGAGUGGAUAAUUGAACUAUCAGUCCACAAAAUGAGGAAUUUCAGCAUUCUGCUAUUCUCUCUACAUAAAUGUAGGAAAAUAAAGCUCAAUAAAGCAUCAUGAGUAAUAGGUGAGGUUUAUUCAAAAAUUUAAAAAAUCAGGAGUAAUCUCUCUUCGACUAUCUCGCAUAUUCAGACAUAGGGAUGAGUCAUUCAUAUAGGUAAACCGAAAAAAAUAGUCAUACAGUAUUAUUAUUUACUGUAUUAUUUUUAAGGGUUCUUUGUUAUUUUAAAAUGUAAAUGAAGCACCUUUCGAAUAUCUGUCUUUGUAACUACGCGUUUAUGUUCAUAUUGAAUUUGAAUAAAAAUGUGCAUUGCUGAGAACCACGAUGUGGAUGCGACAGGUGCAGUUUCCCAUCACCCUUUUGUGACAAGUUCAAUAUACUGUAUGCCUGUUUUAUAGUUACGUAUUUACAAUCUAUGGGUAGUUGGUACACCCACAAGAGCGAAUUUAAUAAAUAUAGUAAUAUAAAUAAAUUAACCAAAAUCACACACACAUUUCUAUUACAAAAGUAAAGGAGAAAAUAAGAAACCCAAAAAUGUUCAAUGUAAAUGUAAUUAAUUGUAACACAUUCAAUCAUCUGAAUUAAAUAAUGAAACAAAACAGACACUACUUUGAACAUAUGUACAAAAGUACCACUUGAUACAUUUUAAAAUGUUUACGGAAAUGGUUCCAAACGUUGCCUCUGAAAUAUUUCUGUGGUGAUGAUAUAUUUAUGUAUUCAAAUUGGUGGUUGGGAUUACCAUUGCUAAAGCAGAUUUAAGUUUAUAUUUGCUGAAAAAUAUAUGUAAGUCACUAUUGUUGAAUAUAUCAAUGUUCAGAUCUCCAAUUACAAUGACUUCUUUGAAAGAGUUCACCUUAUCCAUCAGUGAUUGAAAAGUGGUUUGAAACACAUGUAUUGGGGUGCGAGGAGACUUCUAUUCAGGAACGAUGGUCAUCUCAUCAACGGUUAAAGCAAAUAAUUCAACAUGAUAAUCGUUGCUCUUCUCUGUACUAUGAUGUAUUACAUCAUUCAAACCAUCAAGAUUGUGUUUCACAAAGCAAAUGUGACCUCUCAACAUGUUGAGCAUCACUCCUAAAUAUUACCUUGUAUCCAUCAAGGUCGACGUCUUCGUUUUGAGACGUCAACGUUUCGGUAAAUAUCGGUAUGUCGCUGUUAAAUUACCACUUGUCACUUUUACUCCUUAAAGAUCAUACAUUCUGAGAUGCUACUUUCAAUCCUGUUGUCUUUAAAUACACAGAGUGGCACAUACAAAGUCUUUGCACUUCUUAAUCUGCACAGCUUCUGUGAGCAGGGGUCCUCACUUUUUGACUCUUUUGGUUCCCUAAACUUCCCUACGACGUAGAGUCCUCUGCUACUUGCCACUCGGCUUAAAGCAACAUACAACAAAGGCCGAGUUAUACUCCUUAUUUCAUCAAAAUCCAACACUACUUCUUCAUACAUCUCUCCUUGGCUUUUAUGGAUGGUAACUGUUUCUGCGGGAACAAUUGGAAAUUGAGUUCUCAACGUAUGGUACUGCAGUUUUAUUCGAUAUAUUUAGUGCAACACAUACUUUCCUAUUAGGCACUAAAUUAGAUACAAUUUCAUUGUCAUUGAUGAACAUCUUGUGGACGAUUUCUUGUUUUAUUACAGGCGUUCUUUGCGGAAAAAUCGAACCAAAGAAUCUUUGGUUCUUGACUUCUAUCAUUUUCAAAUGAAUUAACCUUAAUAUUCCACAGGCUCCAUUGACUAGAUGAUCUUCCACGUCAAUAUUGCUGGUUACCACAUAUUUUAUUCUUAUUUUUAAAAUUAAUUAAUGUGGUAGGCCAGUUACUUCACUCAACUUCUUGCACUUAAGUUCUUCCAACACUUUAUCCUUCGUUGUCUAGAACAGUUUCCUUAAAAUUGCAUCUUUCACAGUGGAAACGUACUCUGGGCCGGGAUGAUUUUUUAUAUUCUCUUCAUUGUAAAGGUCCACAAAUUUAUUUUCACCAUACAAUAUGAUAGCAUCCUUCGGAACUGCUGACGCUGACACUUGCCUGGACUUAAUCAAUUCAGUAUUGUUUUUCUUCCAUAUUUCCACGGGCCAUUGUGUUCAGUGUUUCGAUGAACUCAAAUUCAUCCUUUUGACGCAUUAUUUUUUUUCAACUCAUAAAAUCUAAACAGCUCCCACAGUAGAUUCUCCUCUCUUAAUCAUCAUCUUUUCCCAUCUUGUAAAUUGGGAGUCUGUAACUGGUGGUAGUAAUUAGUUCAAAUCCCCGACAACCAAAAUAGAUAUUCCUCCAAGACGGUUGGUUGACGCCCAUUAUCUGUCGCAAACAAGAAUCUACACGACUGAAAAUUGUGCUUGCCACCAUGAAAAUUUCAUCAAUGUCCUUCAACAUCUGCAAUAAGAUGCUGCAGAUGUUCUAUCAGAUGGUUGUGGCGAGCGCCCUCUUCUACUCGGUGGUGUGCUGGGGAAACAGCAUAAAGAAGAAGAACACCUCGCACCUGGACAAACUGUUAAGGUAUGCAGACUCUAUUGUAGAAACAGAGCUGGACAGUUUGACAUCCGUGGCAGAGCGACGGGCACUGAGCAGGCUCUUGUCAAUCAUGGAGAA